AUGAUGAAGAAGGACGAAAUACCAAACGGCGACGACCCUGUUACCGUGCCCCAUUAUUUAGCAAUGAAAGAUAAUAAUAGCACAGGUGCAUCUGUUACAGUAAAUCCUGCCGAAAUAUAUUCCCCAACUGAGGGAGGAAAUAAUAAUAAUAAUAAUAAUAAUAAUACCGAUACUACCAAUAAUAAUGAUAAUAAUAAUACUAUACAUGAAAAUGAAAAAAAUGAGGCUUUAGAGGCAUCCAUUAAGGCAAGCAUUAUUCGAGCAAAGUUUGGCUAUUUUAUUUUGUACAUUGGACUCGCUGCCUCUCCAUAUUACGGUUUAUUGUUGGAUAAUAAAGGAUUUACACCUGCUGCUGUUGGUACUAUUAUGGCUUGUAUGCCGCUUUCUGUUCUCGUUCUACUUCCACCAUUAUCAUUUUUAGCAGAUCGAUAUCAUUGUGCGCUUAAUGUAUUUCUAGCAGCUACUUCUCUAUCGUCAAUUCUCUAUUUCAUGGUUACAAUGUCUACUUCACAUAUCCUUAUUGCUAUUCUUAUGGUGUUACAUUAUAUUUUCCGUACACCUAUUGGUCCUUUUAUGGAUCAACGAACAAUGUCUAUACUUCCACCUGAUCGUAAAGUACAGUGGGGAACUAUGCGUUCUUUUGGGGCAUAUGGUUGGGCCGUGGGAGCAUUAUUAAAUUCCAUACUUUACUGGACAGGUGGAUGGUGGGCCGUAGCGGUAUUAUUAUUUUUUGGAAUGUGUACUUCCAUGUAUGUCUUUGUUACGAUUGUACCACAUGAUGCGACACAAUCUGCCACGAUGAAUUAUUCAGAUGUACUCCGUUAUGUUUGUUCGCAUAGACGUUUAACCGUUUUUCUUGCUGCAUUGUGCUUUAUGGGUAUGGGGUAUUCUCUUAUUAAUACAUUUUUAUUUAUCUUUCUUGAUUCUAUUCAUGCCCCACCUAUUCUUCUUGGAUUAUCUGUUGUCAUGACCGUAGUGGUGGAAAUUCCUCUUUUUCAAAGUUCCAAAUACGUGCAUGAACAUUAUACAGAUAGACAAUUAUUAUGUGUAUCUAUGUGUGCUUGGACAGUUCGUGUGAUGGGUUAUUCUUUUCUACAUAAUCCAUGGCUUGUUUUAUUCCUUGAACCUUUACAUGGAUUUACUUUUGGCUUAAUGUGGCUUUCCGCCAUGCAUUUUGUGCGUGGAGCCUUUCCCAAAUCUCUUUCACACUCUUCUGUUGGUUUUCUCAGUGCCACUGCCUUUGGUGUGGGUCCACUGAUUGGAAAUGUUGUUGGUGGGACUCUUUAUCAUCACUUUGGCGGGCGAUGGAUGUUCCGCAUCAUGGCGCUCUUUAUGUUGUGGGUGGCGUUGGCGUUUUUAUUUAUUGACAUUCAGUUGGAGAAACGGGGAUUUGGUGUGGAGGCCGCAGUAGAGGCGGAGGAAACAGCGGCAGAGGUGGUGGUGGAGGAUAUUCCAAUAACAGCAGAGGAGGAAAUGGGGAAAGUAACAGAGAAUAAUGAGAAGGGCAAACCCAUCGUAAAUAAUACAGUUAAGGAAGAAUCAUCAUCAGCGUAA